AUGGCGGACCCAACAACCUCCCCGCCCCUGAUCCCAUCGUCGAUCCGAAGCGCCCACGCAAAGAUAAAACCCUACAUCCACCGCACACCACUGAUCACCUCGACAUCCUUGAACCGCAUCGCCUCGUCGCCUGACCCAAGCGUCUACGUCUCCGACAACCCGCCGCCGUUCCCUGCUUCAUCCGCCCUGCCAGGCAUCCCGCAGUUCCGCAUCUGGAUGAAAUGCGAGAAUCAGCAGAAGAUCGGCGCGUUUAAGGCGAGAGGCGCUUUUCACGCCGUCUCGAGGUUGAUUGAGGAAUUGGGGCUUGAGGAGGUGAGGCGUCGCGGGGUCGUCACGCAUUCUAGUGGUGAGUGA